AUGAAAUACGUAGCUGCUUACCUUCUCGCAAUUGCCGGCGGAAACAACACACCAUCAGCUGCUGAUGUCAAGGCUAUUCUCGAGUCCGUUGGUGCUGCUGUCGACGAGCAGAAGCUCAACCACGUCAUCGCCAAAUUCGAAGGCAAGAACGUUGAGGAACUCAUUGAAGAGGGCGCCAAGAAGAUGAUCUCCACAGGUGCCGCUGUUGCCGCUGCUCCAGCUGCCGGCGCUGCUGGUGCUGCUGCUGAGGAAGCUCCAAAGGAAGAAGCCAAGGAAGAAGAGCCAGCUGCUCCACUUGACCUCGGCGACAUGUUCGAUUUCUAA